AAGAGGUAACGUAAGGAGAAAGAGAGGUGAUUAAGAAAGUUGUCAGAGUUGGUCAGAGUAAAGUUCUCAAAACUGUUAAAAGUAGAGCGAAAAAUUCGAUUGUUUGUUAAUUCUGUUUUUGGUACGUGAGUUAAUUUCUAAUAAAUUCUCUGUGAGACAAAUUAUACCGAUGGACGACGUUGCGGAUUCGCGAGGGCGAGAGGCGAUGCUACCCGACAGUGGUAUCAGCGGUAGUGUUGCGUGCUGCAAUGUAAACAUGACGUCGAUAGAUUCGGGAGUAGAAACCGGGAACGAUUCGAAUGACAGCUCGAUCGUUCAGCAGGAAGGUCAACAACAGCAGGUCGUCGCUAGUCAGGUUAUCAGUAACGGCGUAACAGCCGUCGACACUAAUUCCAUUGGAGAAUUUCCCAAUCUGGACAUGUACGAUUGGCCCGCUUUAAUACAUCCUCUGUUUGUUCCCGAUGAGAGCAGACGAACCUCGCCUGAAGUCACUGUGAUGUUGCAAAAGAAUAGGUUGCUUAAAAUCAAUGCCGAGACCUUAGAAAUAAUACGGAAUAAACACAAGAUUAGCGAAUUAUCGACACCCUCUGAUCUAUACCGCCCUAAAAUACGAGUACGUGUCCUUCGUACAUGGCGUAAAAAUACGAAUACCCAAGCUGUAGCCUGGAAUGAUUGGCAAACCGAACGUAUUCAACGAAGAAUGCGAUUGGCUGCUACGACGAAUAAUGUAUCUUUGAUGAAAAGACUUUUGGAAUUUGGCGUAUCACCUAAUAAUCAUGACGAUCAUGGACGAACUCCUCUUCAUAUUUCAGCUUGCAGAGGUUAUACAGAAAUAGUUCGUUUAUUACUAGAAAAUGGUGCAGACCCGAAUCAGCGUGACUGUAUAGGAAACACGCCGUUGCAUCUAGCUACGGUUAACAGCAAACUAUCAGUAGUGACACUGCUCUUAACAGCUGGUACUGACGUUCUUGCAUUAGAUUCAUAUGGUUAUAAUCCAUUGCAACUAGCGAAAACGAAAUUAAGAAUGUUACAAAGAAACUGUAAUAAUGAGGAUAUGCUUGAGAUCAAGGAAGAGAUGCAUAAUGUGAUUAAUAUGUUGAUGGCAUAUCUGCAAAAGCAAAAGAAUAUGCGAGAACAGGUAGAAACGUUGAGCAAUUUUUGCUCACGUCUUUCCUUAUCUAAUACCUCAGAUCAAGUUCAGGAUAAUGUUAAAGAUUUACUGGCAAACAUAAAUGCUCUUAGUAUAACUGAUUAA